AUGGCGGACAUAUCACCCGCGAUAGAACAAAAAAAGAAGUCUUCAGCCAAGGUCCUCACUACGCUUUUUCCAAGGAUUCCGAAGGUGACCACGGUGCUGCUGGAGUUCUUCAUCAAGCGAGAGAGCAAGGUGUCCCUCUUUCGAGACCCCCUCUCGCACUUCUGCCAGGAGCAGGUGGUCCUGGCGGCGCAGGACUGCCUCCAGAAACUCAACCGCCAAGUGAUCACCUUCCAGGACAUCCGGGACAUGAUCGAGAAUCUCAUCGGUCUGCACAGUCUCUGCCUGAAAAGAGCUCCAGAGACAGCCAAAGAACUGGGGACUACUGUGCGCAAGCUGACCAUCAUCGUCGGUGAACUGGCCACCUCCCUGGAGAAAAUCUGCGAGGUCAGCGUCACUGAUUGGAUGGCUAUUGGCGACAGCGUGAUCAGCAAAACGGAAAAGAUGAACUUGGAGAGCAUCCCAUCGUACACCACCUUCAUACCGAAGAUGAAAGAAUUCAAGCCAAUGAAGCUCCUAGGGGCUGGGGGAUUCGGGGCGGUCUACAAGGCGCAGUUCCUUCCCGCCAACUUUGUGUGCACCGUGAAGCUUGUGGCCAUGGAUCGCUUCACGCGCCACAAGCAGGCCUGCAUCGACAAAGUGGUGGCGUCCGUCGUCCGGAGUCCGUUCCUGGUCAAGUACUACUGUUGCUUCUGCGCCAAGGACUCCUACGUCACUCUGAUGGAGUAUGUCCCCGGAGUAGACGUCAUGCGCGUGAUCCUUAAGGCCGCCUACUUGCCUAUCGAGCACGUCCAGAUAGUAAUGGCGCAGCUCAUAUUAGCCCUGGAGCACCUGCAUCUGCGGGGAUUUCUGCACAGGGACGUCAAGGUGUCCAAGUAA